AUGGCUUGUUUGGAGGUGUGUAAGGAGGAUAAGUUCAAAGAGGGAGAAGGAGAAUGCACUUUUGAUGGAACAGUUGAUUGGCAUGGUCGUCCUGCUAUCAAAGCCAAAUCUGGGCAGUGGGCUGCUGGAAUCAUUAUACUCUUGAACCAGGGCCUGGCAACACUUGCAUUCUUUGGUGUUGGUGUGAACUUAGUUCUGUUCCUGACAAGGGUUUUGCAACAAAGCAACGCCGAUGCUGCUAAUAACGUUAGCAAAUGGACUGGAACGGUCUACAUCUUCUCUCUUGUCGGUGCUUUCCUUAGUGAUUCCUACUGGGGAAGAUACAAGACUUGUGCAGUUUUUCAGGUCAUCUUUGUCAUAGGUCUGGUAAUCCUAUCACUCGCAUCAUACCUAUUUUUAAUCAGACCAAAAGGAUGUGGAGAUGAGCUGACUCCAUGUGGAUCCCAUUCAAGCAUGGAAGUUUCAUUGUUUUACCUCUCCAUUUACCUCAUUGCUCUAGGAAAUGGAGGGUAUCAACCUAACAUUGCUACAUUCGGGGCCGAUCAGUUUGAUGAAGACGACCCUAGGGAAGGACAUUCAAAGGUUGCAUUUUUCAGCUAUUUCUACCUCGCCCUGAACCUUGGUUCCCUCUUUUCCAACACCAUAUUGGGGUAUUUUGAGGAUGAAGGGAUGUGGGCACUAGGAUUCUGGAUGUCUGCAGGUUCUGCCUUUGCAGCACUGGUAUUGUUUCUAGGAGGAACAGCUAGAUACCGGCACUUUAAACCAAGUGGUAACCCUCUCUCCAGGUUCGGCCAAGUUAUCAUAGCCGCGAUGAAGAAAUGUAGAGUCGAGAUGCCACCAGAUGGAGAGGAGGAGCUGUACGAUGUGGAUAGAAAAGAUUGCUCAAUGAAUGGCAACAGAAAGAUUCUCCACACUGACGGAUUCAAGUUCUUAGAUAGAGCAGCUUUUAUCUCUUCAAGAGAUAUUGAUGAUCAAAAGCGGGGCUGUCGCAACCCAUGGCGUCUCUGCCCAAUUACACAAGUAGAAGAAGUUAAAUGCAUACUGAGACUACUGCCGAUUUGGCUCUGCACCAUAAUCUAUUCAGUGGUUUUCACACAGAUGGCCUCUCUGUUUGUGGAACAAGGUGCUGCAAUGAAAACAACCAUUUCUAACUUCAAAAUCCCUCCUGCCAGCAUGUCUACCUUCGAUAUUCUCAGUGUUGCAUUUUUUAUUUUCCUAUAUCGGCGAGUUCUUGAUCCACUUGUGAGCAGUUUUAAACAGACAAGCUCAAAAGGACUAACUGAACUUCAAAGAAUGGGUGUUGGCCUUGUGAUCGCAAUAAUGGCAAUGGUUUCGGCUGGGCUUGUGGAGUGUUAUAGACUCAAGUAUGCAAGAAAAGAUUGCAAACACUGUGAAGGCUCAAGCUCCUUGAGCAUCUUCUGGCAAGCUCCUCAGUAUGCACUUAUUGGAGCUUCUGAAGUUUUCAUGUAUGUUGGUCAACUGGAGUUCUUUAAUGCACAAACACCCGAUGGAUUAAAGAGCUUUGGGAGUGCACUUUGCAUGACUUCUAUCUCGCUAGGGAAUUAUGUGAGUAGCUUGCUUGUGACUAUGGUUGUGAAGAUCUCAACUGAGGAUCAUAUGCCCGGAUGGAUCCCAGGAAAUCUGAACACAGGUCACCUUGACAGGUUUUACUUCCUCUUAGCAGGCUUGACGACUAUAGACUUAGUUGUGUAUAUGGCAUGUGCUAGGUGGUACAAGAGUAUCAAGCUGGAAAAGAAAUGCGAGGAGAAUGAUCAUGAAGAGAACUUCAGAGUCUGA